AUGUUUCAUUUAUAUGAACUAUUAAUGUUCUUUUUAAGACAUCCAAGAGACAAAUAUAAUGAAGAGUUUUUAGGUCCAAUUUUUCUACAUUUUUAUGAUAAAAAUUAUUAUAGAAGAGACUUAAUAAUAAAUAAUAGAAGAGGGGAAAAACUCAAGUGUUGUUUUUUUACUCCUUUUAAUUAUAAUGAAAAUACACCUUGUGUUAUUUACACUCAUUCGAGUUGUAGCUGUCAACUGGAGGUCUUGGAUAUAUUACAUAUUCUCUUUGUAUGCGAGUGUUCUAUUUUUUCGUAUGAUUGUUCAGGAUGUGGAUUGUCUGACGGGUACUUCUCCACAAGUGGUUGGAAUGAGUCACAAGAUCUAUUUUUAAUAUUGCACCAUCUACGAAAUGUAGAGAAUAUAAAAAAUUUUGCACUUUGGGGAAAAUAUUCUGGUGCAGUGAGUUCUAUAAUUACGGCUUCCCUCGAUGUAAACAUCAAAUUGCUGAUCCUGGACUCUCCCUAUGUGUCCUUGGCUGAGCUAUACAAGACGACUUUCCACUUAGGAGAAAAAGGAAAGGGAGAGAUAAUUUUUAAAAAUAUGUGCUUAUAUUUUGCUAGAAGAAGAAUAAAAAAAAAAUUCAACUAUGACAUAGAUAAUAUAUGUCCAAUAUUUUUCAUCGAAAAUGUAACUAUCCCUACAGUUUAUAUAAUUUCAAGAAAUGACAAAUUUGUGCAUCCAGCUCAUACUUUAUAUCUAGCAUAUAAACAGCAUAGCUCAAGAAAAAUUAUUUAUAUAUGUGAAAAGGCAACACAUUCAUAUGAAUCUUUUUCUUAUGAAAAUAAAUUAACAGCAGCUAUUAAGUCUGUGUUAUUUGGUACACUAGGAGAUAUAAAAAAUAUAUUUAAUGUGUAUACAUACACUAAAGUUUUUAAUGAAUUGAUGGAAAAAUAUGCUUACGAAUUUCAUUUUAUUGAUUCCUUAAUAAAUAAAAAAUUAUGCAAAAAAAAUAAAAUAAUAGACGAGGUGAAAAAAUUUAUAUACUUUAAAUACCAGUCUAAGAUUUCUCUUGCUUCGUCUAGCUUCAACCUAUCUACUAUCGAUUCCAUUCGUGGCACAAAUACAACAGGAGAAAGUGAUUACAUGCAGUACGAGUUAUCAAGGAAUACCAUAUCUGGAAAGUACAGUGGGUUAAAAGAAGAACAAAAUGGACAAGAUGAUCAUCACGCGUUAAGCGAGGAAAAUGGCGGAUGUGAUGAGAACGAAAUGACUGAUGAAUAUGAGUACCCAUUUCACGACGUUAAUGACAUAAUAAUGAGUAAUCCAGAUGACUUGACAAAAAAGUCCCCCUUCAAAAGCUACGACAUGAAUAAUGUAUCUAAGUUCAACCAAAUAUACCAUGAAAGUGAAGACAACCAUGGAAAAUUUAAAAUAUUUCACAUGCAAAGUGCGAGAAGUUCACUGAAAUCAAAAAAAAACACAUAUAAGAAAUCCUUAACAUGGGAUAGCAAAUUGCAGAGCUCGGUUACAUACUUUAAGGGAGAUUACCCCUUUAAACUGCAAAAAAAUUAA